UUUGGAUAUCUCUCCUCAGCAAGGAAACAUGCACCUUCUGACGUCUUUUGCACUACUCGUUUCCUUUUGGGCUACCGUCUUCGCGUUGGACAAUGGCCUCGCCGUCUCUCCGCAGAUGGGCUGGGAUACUUGGAACCAUUUUGGAUGCAACGUUGAUGAAGACACGAUAGUCAGCGCUGCGAAUGCUAUCGUCCAAAACAACUUGACGCAGUUCGGUUAUGAAUAUGUCAUUAUAGACGACUGCUGGCAAGCUCCUUCUCGAGACAACCAGACAGGUGCGCCAGUCGCCGAUCCCACCAAAUUCCCAAACGGCAUGGAAUAUCUCUCGAACAAGAUCCAUUCCAUGGGCUUGAAGUUUGGUAUCUAUAGCGAUGCUGGAACCCUUACUUGUGGUGGUCAUUUUGGAUCACUUGGUUAUGAAGAAAUCGAUGCCAAAACUUACGCUGAGUGGGGCGCCGACUAUCUCAAGUACGACAACUGCUAUAACGAAGGCCUUGCGGGGACGCCGCAUAUCUCACACGAACGAUAUGCGAACAUGUCAAGAGCUUUGAAUGUCACUGGACGCCCGAUUCUCUACUCCAUGUGCAGCUGGGGAGAAGACGGCCCAUGGAACUAUGCUCAGACAAUUGCGAACAGUUGGAGAAUAUCCGGCGACGUUAUGGACAGCUUCGACCGGUACGACGAGCGGUGCCCGUGUACGUCUGUGAUAGACUGCAAGCUCCCCGGGUUCCACUGCGCGGUGUCCAGAAUUAUCGACUUUGCUGCGCCGUUAGGUCAGAAAGCAGGACCGGGUCAUUGGAACGACUUGGACAUGCUCGAAGUUGGUAAUGGUGGCAUGUCUUUCGAAGAAUAUCGUACCCAUUUCUCGAUGUGGAGCAUUCUCAAGAGUCCAUUGAUCCUGGGUAAUGAUGUCACGAACAUGACUAAUGAGACUAUGACGAUCAUCACCAACACAGCUAUCAUCGCCAUCAACCAGGAUGCCGCAGGCUCUCCGGCGAAUCGCAUGUGGAAGAGAUCCAUCAGCCAAGGGGGCGAAACCUCACUGUGGGCCGGAGCCCUUGUUAACAACACGUUUGUGUUCGCACUGCUGAACACCUCUCCAGUCAACCAGACUGUUGAAAUUGACUUCGUAGACGUCUUCUUCGAUCAAGGUCCGGCCUACCAGACACAACCUUACGAGGUCUUUGACUUAUGGCAGAAGGAUGACUCGGGUAACUGGGGCAAAAACAUCGGUACUAUACAAGGCGGCAUGAACGUUACUAUCGGCAUACACCAAACUAUGGUAUGGAAGGCAGUGCCUGCCCCGCAGGCCAGUACGAAAAGGAACUACGCGGAACUGUAGGUCGUAGGCGGAUCAUUAUGUCGUAGCCACAGCAG